CAAUCAAGAGAAAAACCAAAGAGACAGUGUGCGUUGGUCACUUCUUCUUGAGGGCUUGUUCAAAGCCUCUAAUACAGGUAACAAACCAACCCCAUCUCAUCAAAAUUCGAUCUUUCCCUUGGGUUUUAUUCCAUUCCCGCAUUGAAUUUCGCAGCUUGUGACAAAAAAAAGGGGAAAUUAAUUGGGUUCUCUGUUCUGUUUUUGUUGGUGCCGUUUUGUUUCUGUGGGUCGCUGAUCCUCUUUUGUACUUAAAAGUGAGAGAACUGUCACAUCUGAAACGCAUUAGUUCUCUUUUUUUCUGAUCAUCUUUCAUAACCAACUCCUGAUUCAAAGCAAGAAGCUUCCUGAUCUGUUUCUGUGCUUGAUCUCAAAGCUUUGUCCCUUACCUCACACAGCACUGUCUUCUUAUCCUUUUUGUUUUUUUUUUCUCCUUUCACCGCUUUCGAUUAUGGUUUCCUUGUGCUUCAUUCCUUCGUUCAUUACUGGUUGCAAAAAAAUAAGAUUCUGAGGUAAGUCUUGUCUUCUUAUUAGUUCUUGUUUCUUUGUUCUGGGUCGGUUCUGUUGUUUUGGAUAAUAAUAAUAAUAAACAAGAAUGAAGUAUUGAAUUAAGAUUCGAAAUCUGAUUAAGAUUUGAAAAAUCUUUGAAGAAUGGAGGAAAGGAGGUUUGUAUGCAAGUAUUGCAGUAAGAAGUUUCCUUGUGGCAAGUCUCUUGGGGGUCACAUAAGGACUCACAUGAUGAAUGAACACUCUCUAUCAGCAACAAUGCCCUAUGCUAAUAUCAAUUCAUCUUCUUCUUCUUUAAUACUCGAGUUUGAAUAUCCUAACAGGAAGAGGAAGCACGAUUUCUUGGCAACUAAUGGUUCUAAUUCCAGCUAUGGCGGUAGUGGAUAUGGUUAUGGACUCAGAGAGAAUCCGAAGAAAACAAAGAGUUUUGUGGAUGCCAAUCACAAGAAGUUAUGUAAAGAAUGUGGAAAAGGUUUUCCAUCGCUUAAGGCUCUCUGUGGUCACAUGGCUUGUCACUCAGAGAAAGAAAGAGGAACCAAUUCCAAUUCCAAUAAUAGGUUUCAGUUUGAAUCCAAUUCUGGGAUUAGUGAGAAGCAGAAAUUGGUUAUGGAUAGUCAUUCUGAUACUGAAACCUCUGUUCCAAUUAGGAGAUCCAAGAGGAUGAGAUUCAGGAACCUCUCCAAAAACAACCGCAAACCUUUUUGUUCUUCUUCUUCUUCUUCUUCUGUGUCCGAGGUUGAGCAGGAGCAAGAAGAGGUUGCUAGGUGUUUGAUGAUGCUGUCCAAGGAUAACUCCUACAAGGGUCAAUUCGUGCUUUUCGCUGAGUCGUCUGAUAACAAGUCGAUUGUUCUUGAGGGGAAAUCGCCUUCUGUUGACACCUACAAUAAGGUUAUGGUUGUGGAUCAUGAGAAGAAUCAACACAAGGGGGCUGAGAUUGGUUAUAAUUCGGACAAUUCGGAUUCAGGCUAUUUCAGAUAUGGUCCCAAGAAGAAUGUAGAUUCUGAUGAUGAUGAUGGUGAAGUUAACAACAAUGUUGAUUCAAGGAGUGGUGUAAGAAGCAGAAACAAUUCCUUGUUCAAGAAAAUGGCAGCUGCCAACGAUUCUUCGAGCAAGAAGAAGAACAAACCAAAUGGCAUUACCGGUUUCAGUGACAAGCAUUGGAAGGUUGAGUCUUUCACAACUGAAGAUUUCUCUGCAUUUGAAAUCGAUGAGUUUAAUAACAACAGCACAGACACUGAUUCAUACCCUGCAGCAGCUGCUAAUGCAUCAAAAUCUCGCUGCAACAAGAAGAUCAACGAGAACAACAAGGGUAAGACUAAGAAAAAGAGUAAGAAGAAGAAGUUGAAGUCAAAGAAGAACAAGGAACAUGAGUGUCCAAUUUGCAACAAAAUGUUUAGGUCAGGACAAGCAUUGGGGGGUCACAAAAGAUCACAUUUUGUUGGAGGAUCUGAAGAGAACACACUGGUCAUUAGGCCAGCUCCUGCUACAGUUGCUCCAUGCCUAAUUGAUCUCAAUUUACCUGCUCCUGUUGAUGAUGCACCUUUUUGAAUCACAAACUUUUUUAGAUUGCAUUAUUUUGGUUAGGAAAUAAUUGAUUUGAGAAUUAUAUUAUUCUCUUUAUCAUUGAUUCAAUUGGUGUUGAGAAUGUUUCUCUUUUCAUGUUACCGGCGGAAAUGUUGAAAACA